AUGUUGAUCAUCUGGUGGCUCUGGCCUCUGCUGGCCAUCUGUGCUUCCGACUCAUUCCGGAAUAAGGCAGAGGAAAUCAUGAAGACCACACCGGUCAUUGAUGGGCACAACGACUUGCCUUGGCAACUGCUGAAGUUGUUCAACAACAAGCUGAACGACUCGAAGGCCAACUUGAACACACUGAAUGAAACACAUACCAACAUCCCCAAGCUGAGGGCUGGCUUUGUGGGGGGCCAGUUCUGGUCCGCAUACUUGCCUUGCGACACCCAAAACAAAGAUGCUGUGAAAAGGAUAUUGGAACAGAUGGAUGUCAUUCACCGCAUGUGCCAACUCUAUCCUGAGACCUUCUUGUGUGUCACCCAUAGUUCAGGUAUCACACAGGCUUUCCAGGAGGGGAAAGUGGCCAGUCUGAUUGGUGUGGAAGGUGGCCACUUAAUUGACAGCAGCCUGGGUGUCCUGCGGGCGCUCUACCAUCUGGGCAUGCGGUACCUGACCCUUACCCACAACUGCAACACACCCUGGUCCGACAACUGGCUGGUGGACAGAGGAGAUGACGAAGCUGGGAGCCAAGGGCUGUCAGACUUUGGGAAGAGAGUGCUGAAGGAGAUGAACCGCCUGGGCGUCAUGAUUGACUUGUCUCAUGUAUCUGUGGACACCAUGAGGGAUGCUCUGCAGCUGUCCAAGGCCCCGGUCAUCUUCAGUCACUCUUCGGCCUACAGCCUGUGUCGACACAGGCGGAAUGUACCUGAUGACAUACUGGAGCUGGUGAAGAACACAAGGAGUCUGGUGAUGGUAAACUUCUACAAUAUGUUUGUGUCCUGCUCAAAGGAUGCCACCCUGUCCCAAGUGGCUGACCACUUGGACCACAUCAAGAAGGUGGCAGGCGCUGAGGCUGUGGGCCUUGGAGGAGACUAUGAUGGCGUUACAGAGCUUCCCAAGGGACUGGAGGAUGUUUCCAAGUACCCUGACCUGAUAGCGGAGCUUCUCAGGAGGAACUGGACAGACACAGAGGUCAAAGGUGUACUAGCUAACAACUUGCUGCGGGUCUUCUCUGCAGUUGAACAGGUAAGCAAUAACAUGCAAGUUCCUGAGGAAGAGCCUAUCCCCCUGGAUGAGCUGGGCGGCUCCUGCAGGACACAUUAUGGCUACUCACAAGCCUCCAGCACCCCCCUCCAGAUGGGGGCCCUGCUGGCCCCCUUGGCUUCCUUGCUCCUCAGUCUGCAUCCUCUGUGA